AUGAGGUUGUCGGAGGGUUGAUUUCAUUUUACACUAAAGGAACAUGGGAAUAUAGGUUUAAAUUGUUUAAGACACUUUCACGGUAAAAGUAAAGAAUGUCGUAAUCCUAGGAGAAGGUAAAAUGAUUCCUGUAAAUCUUUCAUUUGGUGCUUGUGGCUUUUUGGGAAUCUAUCACCUGGGUGUUAUUUCAGCUAUCCAAACUCAUGGUAGGAAACUCCUUUUGACAAUGAAAUGUUUUGCUGGAGCAUCUGCAGGAGCACUGGCUGCAACCCUCUUAGCUACUGCACCAGAAAAAUUAGAGGAUUGCAAACAAUUUACUUACAAAUUUGCAAAUGAAGUACGAAGUUUGAAACUUGGGGCAGUCACACCCGGCUAUGAUUUCAUACGAAACUUAAGAGAUGGAAUAGAGGAUGUUCUGCCAGCAGAUGCGCACAAGACUGCUGGAAGUUGUCUUCAUAUAUCCAUUACUCACGCAAAAACUGGAAAGAACUACAUGAUAUCAGAAUUCUCCUCAAGAGACGAAUUGAUUAAGGUACUUCUUGCUAGCUGUUUUGUUCCCUUUUAUGCUGGUAUUUCUGCAGUAGAAUAUAGAGGCGAGAAAUGGAUAGAUGGUGGACUUUCUAACAGCUUGCCAAUCUUUUCUUUUGGCCGUACUGUGACAGUCACACCUUUCAGUGGUCCCUAUGACAUUUGUCCAGAUGAUACAGGAUUAAUAACUACUUGUGUCAAGUUAGCAAAUCAGAACGUUCUGCUUUCAAUGAAUAAUGUAAGACGACUGAAUCAAGCUUUGUUUCCACCAGUGAAGCAGAAAAUGGAGCUCUUGUACCAAAUGGGGUAUGAUGAUGCUGUGAAAUAUUUAAGGGCUGAAAACUUGUUUCUGUAGCACCAUUUUGCGUUAUUACUUUCCAGUAUGAUUGUUAAAAAAUAUUAAUUUGUGAUCAUAUUUUUUUAUAUUGCUUAACAAUAAAAUUCUCAAUGCUCAA